UGAUAUCUAAGAGUUUGAGUCGAAAACAUUAUCAUGCCUGAACCAGCGAAGUCCGCGCCGAAGAAAGGCUCCAAGAAGGCCGUCACAAAGAGCGCCGCGAAAGGAGGAAAGAAGCGCAGAAAGUCCAGGAAGGAGAGCUACGCCAUCUACGUGUAUAAAGUGCUGAAGCAGGUUCAUCCUGACACCGGGAUCUCUUCGAAGGCGAUGGGCAUCAUGAACUCUUUCGUCAACGACAUCUUCGAGCGCAUCGCCGGUGAAGCGUCUCGUCUCGCUCACUACAACAAGCGCUCCACCAUCACUUCCCGAGAGAUCCAGACCGCCGUGCGUCUGCUGCUGCCCGGGGAGCUGGCUAAACACGCCGUGUCUGAGGGCACCAAGGCCGUCACCAAGUACACCAGCUCCAAGUAGAGCAGUCCGACACCGAGACACACCCCAAAGACUCUUUUAAGAGCCACCCAUCCACUCACCCGAAGAGCUCUUU